CAAAUGAGUUCCUUACAGCUCCAAGAGUGCGUGUUGGUGACUGUCCGAGAUAACAUGAAACCAAUUUUUCGGUCUUAAUUUCUCAGUUACUACGUGUGUCAUCAGUUGACCUUGUUGUUGCAAAACUUCACACUCGAUACCACUGACCUUGUUAUACGGAAGGAGUCAACAAGUUUCUGCCGAAACCUCGAGCCGCGUCGGCAGUUCGCCAAUUUAGUUUUUAACAACAUGGGUUCAAUCCGGACUUUAUGAAGUAAUUACCCAAAUUGUACGUGUUUUUAUGUUGCUACAUUACCGUGGAACCCGGAGGUUUCCGUGCCAACCACACAGCGCGGGGACAUUACUAGUGAUAUAAACAAGCAUGGCUCCGAAGAACCAGGAGCCAAGGAAGUAUAUCCAGCCGAUACCGUUGCCGAUUCCGUCUCACCAAGGUUUAUUGAUCCAAGCCAGGUCAGACAGUGUAUACAACUGUACACACCCAACACGGAACCAAGUGUUUCGUGAUAACUAUGCUCGACGUCAAAGGCAGAUGAGAGAGCAGGGUUACAAUGCUAUCAGCUAUAAGCCUUAUCGAUGUGUAGGAGAACCAUUUUACUUGGACGAAAAGAAAAUAAUUUUACAUGCUUUGGGACAAUUGGAAAACGAGGAAGAUUUAGAAGAUACAACUAGUAGUUCAGAUGAAGAGAAAGACAAGGUGAAAGAAAACAAGGUCCAAUUGUCUACCAGCCAUGAUGAUUCAGCACCAAAAAAAUUUGUGUUGAGAAGAAAAUCAACACAAAAUAAAAAAACACUUAGCAAAGAAUUAACAGAGGGACGUCGAAUGAUCACUUCUGUUAAACUGGGACAUGGACUGUUUAACAUUAUCAGUGCUCAAGACAAUGCAAGAAGAAAUGCCAAACAGAUAGAACGUGCCAAAAUAAAGGAGAGGGCACGGAGAGAAUGGCAGCCAGCUCAUGUGCCAAGCUCGUCAGAUGAUGAGACAGAUGAUGAACUUGCUGAAGAAGUGGAUCUCAGCGUGUUUAUGGCACAAAAAGAUGACCAUGAUGUAGCUGAGAGGAAAGAAGUUGCAUUUUCUCGAAUGAGUACAACUGUAGCUGAAGGCGCAAUUAGUGGGGAGGAAUGUACCGACGAUGAAACCAUUCGGUUUGAGACGCAAUCGCCAACCAAAUCGAUUGUGACAGACAUAUCAGUGGCAAGUACAAAGAAAAAAAAAAAGAAGAAAAAAGCUGAACCUCCACGACCUUAUACACCAUGCCAUUCAAAUAUAAAUGUACAAACUGAUAUUGAUUUAGAGAAAGAAGCAUCUCUUAAUUCUAUAUUCCGUCAACUGUGUGCAUUGAACUGGCUAUUAGAAUCAAUGAUAGUUGAACCACCUGCAGCUAUGGGUCCUAUAUUACAAUGCUGGAAUAUUAAAUACAAAGAAUUGAAACAGAAUAGUUUUGGUAAGACAACAGUCAGGAAGAUUGGACGGUAUAAACAGUAUGAGACAAAUUGGAAACUUUUCCGUGAACGUCCAGCAACUUAUUUAGAAAAGUUUAACAAGAAGCCAAGUCGUUUUUUUGGUAACACACUAACUACCACCAGUGCACGCAACACCCCUCGUCGAGGGUCAGCUGUAGGAGUUGGGAGCUUAAUACAGAGAACUCCAUCUACACUUUCUAGUAACCAUAGUUCAUCCCCAACGCCUGUUAUGCUUGACAUACCGGAUAAAGAUGAGACAAUGAGUAAGGUUGAAGAAGAUCCUGAAUAUGAACGAAGUCCAUUUCUUGAAUCCAGAUAUGACAGUGCAUCUGUAGCUGGCAUGGAGGAGGAGAUGGGAGUCAAGGAUGUCAUCAGAAGGCAAAGAGCUGGUUCAAGUGCAAGUGUAAAAAGUAGUCGAGAUGCUCAAGCAAUAAUUCUUCUCAGGAAUCAAACAAGAACAAAUCAACUAUCGCAACAACAAUUAGAAAGUCGAAGUGUGCAUUCAAGUAAAUCAGACAGACAUAUCAGGACAUGGGUUGCUACUACCAGCAGGCUGCAACAGCGAGCUCAAAGGUGCACCUGCUGUAAGGGAAUCAAAACAACUUUUCCAAGUCAGAAAUAUUGGAACCUUCCUUCAGAGUGUCGUCACAGAUUCACAGAUGUUGCCGAGGAGAAAGCACUGGUGCUACACGAUUCUCUUGAACUAUUUGAAAAAAAAAGACUGUGGAGGAGUGAAGAGAAGUUCAAAGCUAUUACGAAUGAGAAGCACAUCAGUAAGCAGCUAGAUAAACUAAAACAUGUUACUGAUGACCAUGAGAGCAAAACAGAAGCCAAAAAACAAAGAAAAAAACAAGAAGAAGAAGUAAAAUGGUUUCAAGAACUGAUAAAAAAUAUCCCCCAUGGUUUGAUUGAAGACAGGAGAGUGGCAGCCAUUGUUGAUAAAUUAGAGAGUAUUGGAAACAUUGAAAGUAGAAAAAUUACCCCACAAAGGUUCUUGAAUGUGUUAACUGGAUUGAGAAGUUGGGAAUUAUGUUCACCUGACAUCUGUGCAGCAGUUGAGUUUGUGCGGGCCAAAAUUGUCAAUAUGGCAGUGGAGGAUUUUGAAGGAUGGUGUGAACAUUACAUGCCUAGGGUGUCAAGAGCUCAGAGUGCACCACCAAGAUGAGAUUGAUGCACACAUGGAUGACAUGUGUGCCAUCCUACACGAAGCCAACAGCAACAAACACACAAACACACACACACAUAGAUGACAUGUGUGCCAUCUUGCAUCAAGCCAACAUCAACACACACACACACAUGGAUGACAUGUGUGCCAUCCUACACGAAGCCAACAGCAACAAACACACACACACACAUAUAGAUGACAUGUGUGCCAUCCUGCACCAAGCCAACAUCAACACACACACACACACACACACACACACACACACACACACACAUAGAUGACAUGUGUGCCACCCUGGGAAUGUCAUUGCUGCACCCUGCAUCAAGCCAAGAUUGAGACCAAUGUUCCAAGUAGCACCCCUAGGUUGAAGAGCAAAAUUCCAGAAGCCAUAUUGAAGUUAACCUUCAUUUGACUGCAUGUGACUAUGGGUUUGAUGGAAGUACUGGGAUGCGAGUUUCCAUAGUUACCAGUAUCUUCUUCAUACAAUCCGGUGACAUUUUUAAAUGGUUGGUGAUAGCCAGCCAGGAGGUGAUUUCCAUGUCUGGCUUCAUAACCUAGAAUUUACCGAGAGUUCUCUAUUUACAUAACAAUGGAUAGCAUAGGAAGCUCUAUAUUUAUUAUUCAAGCCACAUUGUAUCAAUUAUUAUUUUUUAAUUAUUAAGGUGCUGUAUUCGUGGUUGGUUGUUGUUACUGGGGGUCUUCAUGCUGUGACCUUUCAUUAGUGUCACAUCAUUACACGUAGUUUAAGUUUAAUGAAGGUUAUUAACAAAUAAUUUCAUUUUUUAAAACUUGCGUGUAAUUAAUAGUACUAAACACCUUAGUUUUUUCAAGAAAAUUUUUGUGAUUUUUUUUCACCAAGACAUCAUAAAUCAAACAAAUUUUGUAUA